AUGUCGUCUGCAUGGGAUAAGCUACCUUUUGAAGUGCUCACAUAUAUAUUCGAGCACAAUGUCGACUCCAACAGCCGAUACAUUCAGACAAGAAAAGACUUUUAUAAUUACCAACUUGUCUGCAAAGGUUGGAGCAAAGCAGCACAAUCACUUUUGUAUAGACGUAUCAGCUGUCAAGAUGAUAAUAUAGAAGACGAGUUACAAAGGUUUGUUCAGUUCAUCUUUACGAUAAAGGUGUUGGCACCACAUACGGGGGAUUUUGUCAAAACGAUCACCGUCUGCGAUCAUCUGGAUCGACUGGAAGAACCUUUGACAGCUUUGGAUGCGAUAUUCAACAGUUGCCCAAAAUUGGAGGAUUUCUACUGCAACGGCUCAUCAAAAGAGGUCGCAUGGCCCUAUCUUUUAACACUACCAGAUGCAAGAUUAGGCAACAUUCGAUCAAUUGUUGAGGAUAAAGACUCUCUCAAUUACUCAUUUUUGUAUCCAUUCGUUGCCUCCAAAUUGGACAAAUCCUUAUCAAAACUGCAUUUUGUGGAAAUCCACCGACAGUCAACAUGGCACUCGAGAUAUCUACUUGACAAGCUGUCUCAAUUUGUUUCGCUGCGAGAAUUGGCCUUGGAUGAAUGUGAAUUCAAUUCCUACGGCCAGAUAUGUCAAGUGCUUGACAAAUGCAGCUCUACAGUAACCAAAUUAUCCAUUAGCAAAUAUUGGCCUGUGUCGUCCCUGGAAGUUGCAAUCAGCGAGGUCGCCAAUCCCAACUACAGCAUCAAAGAAAUAUCCAUUAGCCGCAGUUUGAUGAAUACAGUGUCCUACUUUGCCGCCAAAUUCAAAAAUUUGCAAAAGUUGACAAUGGAGCAGGUGGUCCCACUGAAGAUGAUAGAUCCUGAUUGGAUUCAUGGCCUGACGGAUUUGUGUUCUUCACUUAGAGAAUACAACUUGUGCUUUAACCUGGGGUUAGAGACGGUCAUCAAAGACCGAUGCAUUGAUCUGACCAAGAAAGCAUCGCCAAAGGACACAUUUCUUGUGAUUGAUUACAUUGUCGAAAAUGAAGGAGACCCAUAUGAAGAUGACAUGUUUGAUUUAUCAGGGAGGAUCACCUUGAAGAAAAACGGCACCCGCUCUGGCAUUGAAGUCAGUCUGCCACGGACUGAAUUCGACGAGGACUAUACUGACAGUGAAUUCGAUUAUCAUACCCAUUGGUUUGACAACUACUCGCCAAACCAUAUCACUAUCAAACAUAUCGAAGAAGCAGAUUUCAUAAAGUCAGCGUUAGAAUCCGGACACCUCUCAAUGGCUACAACACCUACUGAAUUCGCAAUUAGCCUCAGAGAUUUCCAACGACGUGAAUUGAUAGGGGCAAAGAAUUGGACAAUCUUGACCAGAUCUUUACUUAGCACUGCUGAUACAACUGACGCAGUGGUGUCAUUUAGUGGCAUGUUUGUCCCUAAUCUCAAUGGACGCACAACGCAUCUAGAAACAUCCAGCAGCCCAAACGUCAAACAAUUGACAUUUAGCAACUCUAUUCUUUAUCACCAAGUACUACCCAUUGUUUCAAAAUGGCUGCCAAACAUAGACAUCCUCAUAUUCAAUGCCUGCUUCAUACUCUUGGAGGAACCUUAUACGCUAAGCAUCAAUCUUCCAGAAACCAAAUUACGACGUUUAGCAAUCGUAACGGGCGCCCCCUCUUUUAUGAAUGCCCUACCCUAUGAGGCAACAGUCGGCAGAAGUCAAUCGAGAAACAUAGACCUUAUCAGCGCUUUGUUUCCCGGAAAUCAAUACACUUUGAGAGUUAAAGCUAAUGAAAAAACGUACUUAUACAAUGUAAAGAACAAUACCAGCUCACCUAUCAGCAAUCAAGAUCAAGCAGACUAUUGCGGCACUAACGAUAAUUUUCUCAUUUGGAUUCAAUGCAAAGAAUUGGAGGAGCUCUCCAUAGCUAAUGAGAGAGAUAGCUACGGGCUUGAACAUCGAUUUGCACUUUGA